CGACCGCGUCGACCCCGACCUCGCUAGACCUUCCAGCCAUGGCGGAGAAGGCGCAGAAGAGUGUGAAGAUUGCUCCUGGAGCAGUUGUGUGUGUGGAGAGUGAAAUCCGGGGAGAUGUAACAAUUGGACCCCGGACUGUGAUCCAUCCCAAAGCACGGAUCAUUGCAGAAGCGGGGCCCAUCGUGAUCGGAGAAGGUAACCUGAUCGAAGAGCAGGCACUUAUCAUAAACGGUUACCCUGAUAAUAUCACCCCUGACACUGAAGAUCCAGAUCCCAAACCUAUGAUCAUUGGCACCAAUAAUGUGUUUGAAGUUGGCUGUUAUUCCCAAGCCAUGAAAAUGGGAGAUAAUAAUGUUAUUGAAUCCAAAGCGUACGUAGGCAGAAAUGUGAUAUUGACAAGCGGCUGCAUCAUUGGGGCCUGCUGUAACCUGAAUACCUUUGAGGUCAUCCCUGAGAACACAGUAAUCUACGGCUCGGACUGCCUCCGCCGGGUGCAGACUGAGCGGCCGCAGCCCCAGACACUGCAGUUGGAUUUCCUAAUGAAAAUCUUACCAAACUACCACCACCUAAAGAAGACUAUGAAAGGAAGCUCCACUCCCGUUAAGAACUAAAACAGUUGAGAAGACAGCGCUCAUCAGUGGCCCCGUCUCCUGGAGGGCUGCGGUGUUGAUGCACUCCUAGCAGUCCAGGGUCAGACCUGUCAGCUUUAUUUCAUAAAAUUAGGAAAGUAACAGGAUUUUCAUUGUAACUGUCCUCUGUGAUUUGUAUAAAAUGUAUUAUUUUCCUGUAUCUUUAUUCUCUCUUAAUAAUAUACCGUCUUAGUUAUUCUUUUGUUGUCUAAAAUGUUGGCUGCAAAUUUUAAUUACACAAAGGACCAUCCAUGAUCAGAAAAGGCAGAUAGUUGGUUGUGUAUUUUUAUUCUGUCAUAUACUAAACUCAAUAAAAAUGUUGAUA